AUGAAUAAUUUAUUUGCAUUAAAAACUUCAUUAUUAACAAAUAUAACUAAAAAUGUUCUCAAUAGUAUAUUACCCAUACAAUCUGUACGAACAGCUUUUCUGUAUGAAUCAAAACAUCGAGUUAAUAUUAUGAAACGUAUGGCUGUUCAUGGUAUUCAUAAUCAAUUAGGGCGUAAAAAAGGUCAAGUUUAUUUAUGGGAAAAAUUAAUUCGUGGUGAAGAAGUUAUUGUUGAUGCACCAUUCUAUCCGUUUACACAAGCAGCUAAAGCUGCACAAAAAUCUUAUUGUGAAAUAAAAGACAAAUAUAAACCACUUAAACCAGUACGAAUACCACGACCAGAUCCAUGGCUUGAUCGAAAAAGUUUCAAACAUACAAAAAAAUUUUAA